UACAUGGGAACCUGCAGAACACAUUCUGGACCCACGCCUGGUUCUCGCUUAUGAAGAGAAGGAGCAGAGGGACAGGGCACUGGGUUACCGGAAAAGAGGACCGAAGCCCAAAAAGCUGCUUCUGCAGGAUGUCUAUACCAUGGAUCUGCGAAGUGCGCACAAGCCCCAGACACAGCCACCAGCCCGCUUGCGGCUCUCCCUUACACGGACGCUAGAGCCACAGUCGACCACCUCCACAGACCAGCCUUACCAGUCGUACGGAGGGGGUCUGUGCCACGGGCUAGCCCAACACAAGAGCAAACAGAGCCAGGCACAGUACACAUGGGUUCCCAGUCCCCCACAGACACCCACCCCUUCUCAGGGACUGUCAGAAGAGGACUGGGUGGAACAGGAGGAGGAGGAGGAGGAGGAGGAUGAAGAGACCGGGGCAGAGGAGGCCGAAGUGGAGAUGGGCAUGCGGCGAGAUGUCCUCAGCAGACCUGGAAGGUCAAAGUGCUGGUCCCCUGAUACCCAGCCAGAGGAAGUGACCGCAUCCCAGACACCAGAGUGUUGGAGCCCGUUCACCAGUGCCGAGGACAUCACUGUGACGGACGUCACCAUCAACUCUCUGACUGUGACGUUUAGAGAGGCCCUGACUGCCAAGGGCUUCUUCAGGGGCUGGGACUUGGAAUUUGAAUGAGCCUUGGCAAAUGAUGAAAGGAUAAAGGGGAGAGAGAAAGAAGGAGGGGAGGGUGGGGGUGGGGGUUUGAGUGUGUGAAGAAGUCCAGACCUUUUAAGACAAUAGACCUCUGAAGUUCGCCUACAAAAAAGCAGCCAUCUUUGACAUCCAGUAUCUGGCAAUUUUUCCUAUGGGAAAAUAACAUGGGGAUUUUGAAUUAUCACACCUGUUAAACUCUCGC